UCCUCUUCAACCCUCACUCCGCCGACCAGACCAUCAGACGAACAACCACCGUCGAUCUCUGAAAAUGUCGUCGACCGUCUCCCAACGUUGUCUAUCACUGCAAAUCGUCGCCCACUGUCCAUCUUUGGAACCAAACGCCCGCCGUCGACGUUGGAGACAUUUACUAAGGUACGUUUAAGUUGUAUUUGAAGUCAUUAGAGCCAUUGAAGGCUUUGGUGAUUGAUGAAGCAGCACAGUUGAAAGAGUGUGAGUGUGUUAUUCCAAUGCAACGGGCUGACAUAAAGCAUGCAAUCCUCAUAGGUGAUGAGUGCCAAUUGCCAGCAUUGGUUUAGAGCAAUAAUGCAUCCAUCCAUAAGCCUUUUCCCAAACUCAAAAUUCUACUCAAGUCAGAUCUCAGAUGGUCCUAAUGUCAAAGCUAAAGCCUAUGAAAAGACGUUUCUUCCCGGACCGAUGUUCGAUUCGUAUUCUUUCAUAAACAUAAAUGGUGCACGAGAAGAAAAGGAUGAAAUUGGACACAGUUUGAAAAACAUGGUAGAGGUUGAUGUUGUGCUCAAAAUUGUUCAUUCUUUGUCUCAAGCAUGUGUUGACUCAAAAGGAAAGAUGAGCAUUGGUGUAGUGUCCCCAUAUUCAGCUCAAGUCGUUACCAUUCAACGCAAAAUUGGGAAGAAGUACAAUUGUAAUGGAUUUAAUGUGAAGGUGAGUUCAGUUGAUGGCUUUCAAGGAGGGGUGGAAGAUAUCAUUAUUAUUUCCACUGUUUGGUGUAAUACAGGAUCGUCCAUCGGGUUUUUGUCGAGUAAUCAAAGAACAAAUGUCGCACUUACAAGAGCUAGGUACUGUUUGUGGAUAUUGGGAAACAUCAAAACACUGUCAAAGAGUAACUCGGUUUGGGAAGAGUUGGUUAUGGAUGCCAAGAAUCAUGGCUGUUUCUUCAAUGCUAAUGCCAAUGCCAUAACCAAAGACAUCCAACAGAUAGUUCCACUACUGGAUUAUUUCAACUCCAAUGAUGAAGGAAGAAGCUUGGAGAUAAUGGAGGGAAAGAACGUAGAAGAUCAUGAAUCCAAGGCCAAGAGGCUGCUGCAGUUGUUGUGGCAAGAUUAACUUCAUAAAAAAUGGAGAUGGAGGAAAGGCAGUAUUUGUUGAAGGAAUUCCCCGUGAACUGGUUUCUUGUAAGAAGUAUUGUAAAGUUUUGAAGGUUGGGUUGUGGUAAUGGAAGCACCGUUAUUCAAAUCUUGUUGUAACCUCCAACGUAUUCUACUUUUCCUCUACUUUACUUCUUAGUCAUGUUCCUCAAUUUUGUUUGUUUUAUUUUUUUUUAGAAAUUUAGUUGAUAAAUAUUGUUUGUGUUUGCUUUGUGCUUGCUUAUAUGAGAUAUUAUUAAAAAAUCUUAUCGUUGAAAUUAAUUCGAAAGUAGAGAAAAAUCAGUGUCAACUGGAGGAGUCUUUUAGAACAGAAGAAUAAAAAGGCAAAUGUUAUUGAAUGGGCUCUUAAAGCUUCCACGUUUUCCAUCUUGCUCUUUACAU